AGAAUACCGAUUUUUCACUUAAUAACUUGAUACUUUGAUCUCUUCCUUAGGUGGUUGUACUACGAAAACGAGUAUGUUUAGACAAGUUUCGAAAAACGGGAAAAUAAGGGAGUUGACUAGGAAAUAUGUUUGUCAAUCUGCUUCAUCAAUAAGGUCCCAAGUGAGAUAUUCUACAUCAGUGACUCCAAACGAAGACAAGAAUGGGUUUUCAUCUGUUUAUGAUGGGUUUCUAGAACGUUUGAAAUCGAACAAAGAUCAAGGUCCCCUGGAAAAAGAACCCAAGACUUAUUUAAGAGCCUUCAAUGAUAUAAAUGCAGACUCAUUAGAUCAAUUUAAAAGUCAAGCUACUGAUACUGCUUGGACUUCAGAUUACGAUCCUGUCUCAAGGGCUAGAUUUGCAAAAGACAUCUACCAUUUGCAGUCUUUACUCGAUGCCUUAAUAGCCAGUGGGAAUUUUGACCGUGCAGAUAGUAUAUUAAGAGCUAUCUAUCCAUUAUCAAACUCCAUAGACCACUUCAUCUUUUCAUUAAAUAAGUACUUAGAGGCCUGGGGUGAACAUGAAAAUAUUUCAUUUCUGGAGAUGAAACAGUAUGUUAAACAGUUAGAAUCUAGAUAUGGUGAAAAUUUUACCAACGAUCGUACAUACGCUAUAUUUUUAGCAAAAUCGUUGAAAAGCCAACAGCAUGAAGAUUACGAAAAACUUUUACACUCAAUAAAGAAAGACGUCUAUCUUACAAGAAAAACUUUGAAUCAUAUAGAUGUUUUGGGUGCUGAUGCAUUAACUACUAUCUUUCAAGAUAAUAUUUUAUCCGAAGUUCACGUACCUCGAGAUUUGAUUCAAAUGUUUAAACAAACUAGACAAAGCCUUGAAUCCAAUAAAGACAAUGCAAAUUUCAGUGCUGAUCUGUUAAACGAAUUACCAGAUUAUUUCACCGAUGAAGGAGGUGAAGUUCCUAUUUUAGAGAAGGAUGCAGAAACGUUGAAAUCAGUAGAUGCUUUCGGGUUGAGAGUUAUCAGACAUACCUUAUUAGGUUUACAAUCGAAUGAGCAAAGCCAAGAGUUAGACAAUUUCAUUAAAAAUUUUUAUGCCGAAGCUGAUACUAAUGUUAUCAAACCUUCAAAUACAAGAACUGAUUUCUUUGAAAUAAACAAAUCAAUCAAAGAUGAGCAAAUACGCUCGAGAUUCAAUGAAGCUUUGGAUAGUUUUAAUGAAAUAAGAGAACGUGCAUUAGAAGCAAAGGGACUCGAUGCUGCUAGAGGUAGAUGGCAACAUGAAUUCGAAGAAUUACAGAAAAGAGGCGGUAGUGUUCCUUUAGAUAAAAGUUUAAAUUCUCAAUUAUAUGUUUGGUAUAAAGAAUUGUUACCAUUAGUUCAAGAAGAAUAUCAAAAGUGUCAAAGCAUCAUCAAUGAAAACUCUUUUGAAGGACUGGAAAAACGUAAAAGUGCAUUAAAUACAACUGAAGAUAGAUCAUUUUAUGCCCCCUUUUUUGUCCUUGUUCCUCCAGAGAAAAUGACCGUUAUAACCAUUUUGGAGUUGUUAAAAUUGAACUCAACCGGUGGUAUUAUUGAUGGUAUGAGGAUUGGUAGAGCUGUGGUGUCUGUUGGUAAAGCUAUCGAAUUGGAAUAUAGAUCCCAAAGUUUGGUUCAACAAGAAGGUAAGUCUUUUUCCAAAAAGAAAAGAAAUGCCAACGAAUGGAAAAAGUUAAUAAGACAGAGAGAUUAUCUGUCAAGAGAUCCAGGUGCUUCUAGGGAGUGGGAUGCUCCUAUCCAUGUUAAGGUUGGUGGUGUAUUGACUUCUUUAUUAGUUCACAUUGCCAAAAUUCCCGUCACCGGUACUGAUCCAACUACUGGUAAAACUGUGAAAGCAUUACAACCAGCAUUCCAUCAUACUUACCAAUUCAUCAUGGGACAAAAAUUAGGUGUAUUAAAACUUCAUAAAAGCUUAAUUCGUCAAUUAGGCAGUAGAUCUGUUGAAAACUCUGUGCAACCACAGUUACUUCCAAUGUUGGUUAGUCCUCGUCCUUGGUGUGGUCACAAUAACGGUGGUUAUUUAUAUUCUCAAACUGGCUUAAUUAGAACGAAAGAUUCUUCUGAAACCUUAGCGUAUUUAAAAGCAUCUUCUAAUCGUAUCAGUGGGGUUUAUGAUGGUUUGAAUGUUUUAGGUGAAACUCCAUGGACUAUCAAUCGUAAAGUUUUUGAAGUUAUUACUCAUUACUGGAAUACCGGGAAACAAUUUUUGGAUAUACCCCCAGUAAGUGAAGAGAUUAAUUACCCGGAACCGGUUGCUUUCAAUGCUGAACCCGAAGCUAAAAAAGAAUACCAAAAGAGACUCAAGCAAGCAGUAUUAGAAGCCUCUGCUAUGAAUUCUCAAAGAUGUGAUACCAAUUACAAGUUAGAAAUCGCUAGAGGAUUUUUAGGUGAGAAGCUCUUUUUCCCUCAUAACAUUGAUUUUAGAGGUAGAGCUUAUCCACUUUCUCCUCAUUUAAAUCAUUUAGGGAAUGACUUAACUCGUUCUCUUUUCUUAUUCUGGAAUGGGAAAGAAGUUGGAGAAAAAGGAUUGGAUUGGUUAAAGAUACAUUUAUCGAACGUUUACGGUUAUGAUAAAGUUCCAUUAAAAGAUAGAAUUGAGUUCGCUAAUAAAAACAUAGAAAAUAUCAAAGCAGUUGCCAAAGAUCCUUAUCAAAACCAAUGGUGGGUCAAAGGUGAUAAACCCUGGCAAAUUUUAGGUAUUUGUUAUGAACUUGCUGAAGCUUAUACUUUAGAAGAUCCAACUAAAUUUGUAUCUCACUUCCCAGUACAUCAAGAUGGUACCUGUAAUGGCCUUCAACAUUAUGCAGCUUUAGGUGGUGAUGUUGAAGGUGCACGUCAAGUGAAUUUGAAACCAGCUGAUAGACCUCAAGAUGUUUAUACUUAUGUUGCUGGAUUAGUCAUCAAAAGAGUUAAAGCUGAUGCUGAAGCAGGAAAUGAAAUGGCAAUUUUCUUCGAAGACAAGAUUACGAGAAAAGUAGUUAAACAAACUGUUAUGACCAAUGUUUAUGGUGUCACCUUUGUUGGUGCUCUUGCUCAAAUCAAAAAACAAGUUAUUCAUCAUUUUGGUAAAGAUGAAGAUGAAAAGGCCAAAAAAUUCACCAAAUAUUUGACAUCUCUAGUUUUUGACUCUGUGAGGGAAUUAUUCGAAGGUGCCCAUUUAAUUCAAGAUUGGUUGGCUGAAGCUGCUAAACGAAUUAGUAAAUCAGUUCGUCUUGACACCUUUUCAAAUCAAGAUAACGAAGCAAACAAACCAAAUCAUUCAUCUUCGGUCAUUUGGACGACACCAUUAGGUUUACCAUGUGUGCAACCAUAUAGAGUUUUGAAGACUCAACUUAUCAGAACAAAUUUACAAGACAUUUCAAUUCAUGACCCAUUUAGUGGUAGUCAAGUUGAUGCAAGAAGACAACAAACAGCAUUUCCUCCCAACUUCGUCCACUCUUUAGAUGCAACCCAUAUGUUAAUGACCUCUAAAGCUUGUGGUGAUGAUAAUUUAAAUUUUGCUUCAGUCCAUGAUUCUUAUUGGACACAUGCGUCAGACGUGGAUACGAUGAACUAUCAUAUAAGAAAUCAAUUUGUCAAAUUGCAUCAAGAUAAUUUAGUUACUAAAUUGAAGGACGAAUUUGAGCACCGAUAUAAAGGAUUUUUACAAGUUGCAUAUAUCAAGAAUGAUAGCGACCUUGCUAAAGAAAUCAGAAGUGUUAGAAGAAGUAUUGUCAAAACUUUAGGUAGGGGGCUUACAUUUUCAGAUGAAAUGUAUUUAGAAAAUAAGAGACGCCAAUUACUUUCAUCAUCGGAUCCAAAAGAGGUUGAAAUGGGUAAGGAGAUGGUUACUACAAUUAGUGUUUGUGAAGGCAAAAAUAUAGAAGAUUUAAUAUGUAAAUCAUCUAAUAAGUCUAUUCAAGUUUUGGUACCAUUGAAUUUCCCAGAAAUACCACCAAAAGGAGAAUUUGAUGUUGCUGAAGUUAAGAACUCACAAUACUUCUUUUCUUAG